AUGGCCGAGUCGGCCAUUGGCUCCGUGCUUGGCAACGUGAGCACCCUUGCGGUCCAGGAGACCACAUUCCUAUGUGGUGUCAACCUUGAAGCGGGAUUCUUGAAGGAUGAGCUAAAGUGGCUAAAGAGCUACCUUAAAUCCGCCGACGCCAAAAGGAGAUCAGGAGAUGAGCUUGUGGCUACCUGGGUCAGCCAGAUCGAUGCAGCAUAUGAGGCCGAGAAUGCCAUUGAAGCGGCCGACUACAUGGAGAAGAGAAACAGGCUCAAGAAGGGCUUCAUGGGUGCCAUCUCCAGGUAUGCUCGCUUGCCAAGUGACCUGAUUGCUCUUCACACAAUUGGUGCUGAAAUACAGCGAGUAAAAAGGAAGAUCAGUGAGAUAUUUGAUAGUGCAAACCGUUUGAAAAUAAAUUUGGAUACUAGUGAUGUAGAAAAGGUUCAUAUUGAGGAUGAGUAUCCACAAGAUUAUGGUACUGUGCACCAAAACUUUGAAGAUAUUGACCUUGUUGGUUUUGGGGAUGAGUACAAAGAAAUAGUUGGCAAGUUAGUUGACAAAGAGGACAUAACUCUUAGUGUUGUCUCCAUAGUUGCCAUGGGUGGGGCUGGAAAAACAACACUCGCUAGAAAAGUAUACACUUCAUCUAGUGUCAAACAACACUUUGAGGCAGCUUCUUGGGUCACUGUAUCUCAAAAAUUCAAGGGCAUUGAUUUACUAAAGGAUAUUAUGAAACAAAUAAUGGGGGGCAGAGAUGAGUCAGUUGCUAAGAUGAAUGGGUAUGAGGUGGGAAAUAAGAUCCAUGAUUUUCUAUUGCAAAAAACAUACUUGGUAGUUCUUGAUGAUGUGUGGGAAACCAACACAUGGGAUCAGAUAAACAAAAGGGUUAAGACUUUUCCAGAUGCAACUAAUGGUAGUAGAGUACUAUUAACCACCCGGAAAGAAGAUGUUGCAAAUCACGUCCAAAUGCCAACCUAUGUCCAUCAUUUGAACAAGUUAGAUGAAGAGAAAAGUUGGGAACUAUUUAGUUGCAAAGCUUUACCAUCAUAUAAGAGGUCUGUCAUACGUGAUGUGGACGAGUUUGAAAAACUUGGGAGAAAGCUUGCAAAGAAAUGUGAUGGACUGCCACUUGCACUUGCAGUUUUGGGGGGUUACCUACCUGUCAAAAAAUAUAAAUGUACAAACAUGGUCCAAUAUACUCUAUGA